AGGACCAAGAAAAGCAAUAUGUUGGGUUUGCAACAUUACCUAAUCAAGUCCACCGGAAAUCGGUAAAAAAGGGAUUUGACUUCACACUAAUGGUUGCAGGAGAGUCCGGCCUAGGAAAGUCUACCCUGGUCAACAGCCUGUUCCUGACUGAUCUCUACAAGGACAGGAAGCUGCUGAAUGCAGAAGAAAGAAUUAGUCAAACAGUGGAGAUUGUAAAGCACACAGUGGACAUUGAGGAGAAGGGCGUGAAGCUAAAGCUGACUAUUGUAGAUACUCCAGGCUUUGGGGAUGCAGUGAAUAACACCGAAUGCUGGAAGCCCAUUACUGACUACAUAGACCAACAGUUUGAACAGUAUUUCCGGGAUGAGAGUGGACUGAAUCGGAAAAACAUCCAGGAUAACAGAGUGCACUGCUGCUUGUACUUCAUCUCACCUUUCGGACACGGGCUGCGGCCAGUGGAUGUGGCAUUUAUGAAAGCUCUACAUGAGAAGGUUAACAUUGUUCCUUUGAUUGCCAAGGCUGACUGCUUGGUACCAAGUGAAAUUCGCAAGCUGAAAGACCGGGUCCGAGAGGAAAUUGAAAAGUUUGGAAUAAAAGUAUAUCAAUUCCCAGAAUGUGACUCAGAUGAAGAUGAUGAAUUUAAACAGCAGGACAAGGAACUGAAGGAAAGUGCUCCAUUUGCUGUAAUUGGAAGCAAUACAGUGGUAGAGGCCAAAGGUCAGAGGGUACGAGGUCGUCUCUAUCCAUGGGGCAUUGUGGAAGUGGAAAACCAGGCACACUGUGACUUUGUGAAGUUGCGAAACAUGCUGAUUCGGACACACAUGCACGAUCUUAAAGAUGUUACAUGUGAUGUGCAUUAUGAAAACUACAGAGCACAGUGCAUACAGCAGAUGACUAGGUAUGUCAUAUAUUUAUUACAUGUGCUGUAUGAAGGGAGUCGGGGGUGGUGGAUUGUUACAUGUGCUGUGUGGUGGAAAUGGUGGGUGUUGUCACAUGUGUUGCAUGCUGGGAGUUGGGGGUUUGUUACAUGUUCUGUGUAG